CGGUGCUCUCGCUGACUUCAUUGGCGUAAAUGCCGUCAUCCACCUCCCUUCGCACCAUCAUCUUUCUACCAAUCUACAUCCAGGGUUCUGGAGCCUGGAGGAGAUGGGCGGCCCUGAUUCUCCAUCUUCCCCAUCGGCGGUGGCGACGACCACCGUGUGUGUCACGGGAGCGACGGGGUACAUCGGGUCAUGGCUCGUCCGGUCGCUGCUCCAAAGAGGCUACAGCGUUCAUGCCACCGCCAGAGAUACAGGUAAAGCAUUGAGCCUCCUGUCAACUUUCAGUGGAAACAGUCGGUUGAAAAUCUUCAGAUCUGAUCUUAAUGAGGAAGGAAGCUUUGAUGAGGCAGUAAAGGGUUGUCUUGCAGUUUUCCAUGUAGCAGCUUCCAUGGAGUUCAAUGUAUCAGUUGAAGAAAACAUUGAUGAUCAUGUACAAUCGAAGAUUACAGAACCAGCAGUUAAAGGAACACUCAAUGUACUGCAGGCUUGUUCAAGAGCAGGGUCGGUUAAAAGGAUUAUAUUUACAUCUUCCAUCAGUACCAUUACUGCCAAAGAUGAUAAAGGAGAAUCGAGAGAAUUGGUAGAUGAAUCAUCUGUUACACCAAUAACUGAAGUUUGGAACACAAAGCCUAAGGGAUGGGUCUACGUCCUAUCAAAGCUCUUGACUGAGGAAAAGGCCUUCCAGUUUGCUAAGGAGAGAGGCAUUCAUUUGGUAUCGAUUAUCCCACCUACAGUAGCAGGUCCAUUCCUGACAACAAGUGUUCCUACAAGUGUUCAAGUUCUGCUGUCAUCUAUCACAGGUGAUCCCAACCUCUACCCAAUACUGGUUUCAGUGCAUUCAAGAUUGGGAUCGAUCCCAUUAGUUCACAUUGAAGACAUAUGCAAUGCACAUAUAUUUCUAAUGGAGCAAGCAGGGGCUGAAGGUAGAUUUAUCUGCUCUGUUGGAAGCUCCACUAUGCCUCAAUUAACUGAUCUUCUCUCUUUGGAGUACCCUUCCUUCAGUUCCAAAAGGUUUGCCGAGGGAUUCCCUGAUGCGGUCCCUCCAGUGAUUUCUUCCAUGCGUUUAACCAAUUUGGGUUUUAAAUUUAAAUAUGGUGUGAGAGAUAUCAUAGAGCAGAGUGUUGCCUGCUGUAUUAAGAAUGAUUUUCUGAAGUGCCCCAUUACAGAAGGUAUUCACAAUUGAAGCAUGCAAAUUUUUUGGUCAAAUUGUUAAGGGAGACUAGAAGAAUCUGCGAGCAUGAAGAACGUAAAAUUGAGUAGGUAGCAAGAAGCAGGGUUCUUUACACGAUACAAUGCAGAUUUUGUUCUGUAUUUUGUUGUUUAUGAUGACUGAGGAGAUUCAUUAAAGAUGGCCAACUUGUUGAAGUGACUUGCAUGUUGGCCAUGGCAAGAUCUACCUACCUAAACCAUUUAUCAAAAGAUUCUGCAUGUGUAUGAUGCUCAAUUGACAAAGGUGUUACUGCAGGAUACCCUGCAUGCUAUUGAAACCUUACUUCUAAGAUGGGAAGUACUGUUUGAAAUUUGCUACACCAUUGAUUGUUGAGGAUUGUCAUUCUUUGGCUCAGUUAUGAGCAUCCACUGUCAUUAUCAGUUCAGUAUUGACCCUAUAAAUCCUUGGUCGCAAAUUGUUCUCUUUGGGAUGACCCACCCAAAGAUUAU